GUUGAAGUUCAUUAGGAAUUUUGAAUUCUAGCCUGAGACCGAGUACUAUCGUAGCGACUUCUACUUGUUCAUCGUGAUGUGCAAACAUAUAUUCAAUGCUCAAGUUUCGAUACGGGCUCCAUGCUGCAAGCGAUGGUUUGAUUGCGCAGAAUGUCAUGCAGAGGCGGAAGAUCAUAUGCUAGGGAAAACAACUGAGAUGGUGUUCGUGUGCAAGAAGUGCAAGAAGGCCUUCAGGAAGGAUAUGUCGAAUUACGAGGAGAGCGAUGAGUUUUGCCCGCACUGCGACAAUCACUAUGUCAUUGAUGCCAAGACGCCACAGGCAGUGAUUGGAGUCGAGGGCGAGGAUGCGCGAGUUGAUGCACGGAUGCUCAAAGAUGAUCGUGUUCAACAAGAUCCGACGCGAUCCAUUUUUUCAAGGGAUUUUUCGGAUAGAGUGGGAUGAUAUCUUCUCUCGACAACCUUGCGUUCUCUGCUUUCCACUUGUGUUGCAUGCUAUCACUAUAGAUCGAUCACUUGUUCAGUGCUGCUGCACUUGAUACUCGGCCUUCUUGUACGAGGCACCCAUUCCACAAUGCGAGUCGUGUCGGUGAGAUGUGUAACUUGAAGACCACGAACCCUUGGAAUCCUGCUCAAUUGUAACACUUUCAGUCAUAUCUAAUGCGGAGCGACGUUUAACAGAUCAAAUUGUCUGCACCU